CCUCCUCCUCCUCCCGCCGCCGCCAUAUUGUCACCCCCCCAGCGGACCCGGGAGAGGCCAGCCCCCUCCCUGCCCCCCUCCUCCCACCAGGAGCCGACCCGGGAGAGACCUGCUCGACCCGGUCGCCGCCGCCGCCGCCUCAGCGGCCCGGCGAGGUAAUGAAGCGGGGGGGGGGGAGAGAGAAGCCCCUUCGCCGCCGGGAAGCGAAAAUUGGGGGGGCGGAGGGGGACCCUCUUCUGAGGGGGGGGGUCCUUCAUUUGGGGGUGGGGAAGGGGCCAGGCUGCGUGUCUGCGGCGGACCUGGGGGGUGUUGGUGGAGGAUAUGGGGGGGGCCCUUGUAGCAGGGCAGGGGGGGCGGCUUGCGGGGGGGGGGGUGAGGGAAAUUGGGGGGGGGGAGACAGAGGCCUUCCUACCUGGACGUGGAGUGAGGGGGUGAAAGAGAGAGAAAAAGAGAGAGCCUCCCCCCCUUCCAGAGGUGCGAACUUGAAUCAAAUAAGAGGGGGGGUGUUCCAGGUAAGCUCUGCCCCACAUAAUCGAUCACAUGACAUGGCACACACACAGGAAUGCCCAUCAGUUGGGGGGGCGGGCAAAGAGACCUCUUCCCCCAGGAGUGAGCUGGCUCCUCUGCCCGCCUGUCAAGUGUGUGGGGCAGUUGUGGGGGGUGGGGAUACGAUCUGUGGGCUUGGGGGUGGGGUCAGGAUAGGUUUGGGUGGCAAAGGGUCUCUUCUGGAUGGGGAGGCCCUUCCUGUCAUCUCUCUCUCCUUUCCCCCACUCCCCCAGUGAAAUGGGGCCCCAGGCACUGAGCAGCUGUGACUGGCCCCCCUUGGAGUAGGGUGCCUGUCUGGUAGGGGGUGCGUGGGGAGGGUGCCUGCACCUCAGAUUCCCCCUGGGGGUCUUGCAGCCUGCAGAGAGAGGUGGGCACGGUGGUGGGGGGCUUUGGCACCCACAAAUUCCCCACCCCAACCUUCCCGGUUGUCUCCGUAGCUGCCCCAUCCCCAGCGCUGGUCCCCGCAUCCCGAGGGCAGACUAUAACCCCCCAUCAAAGAACGACAAGUUCUGAGACGCACAAGACACACUCCGAGAGCGGAAUCAAUUCUUUGCUUAACUCUCACCUCUUCCGUUUGCAUAGAUGCAUUUUUAUUUUAGGGCCGGAGCUCAGUUGCGGAUCACCUGAUUUGCAUGCCGAAGGUCCCGGGUUGAAACCCCAGGGGCGUCUCCUGCGAGAACGGGGCCAAACUCCCUGCCUGAAACCCUGGGGAGGUGCUGCCUGUCAGUGUGGACAAUACUGAGCUAAAUGGAGCAAUGGUUUGACAGCUUCUUCCUGCGUUCCUCUAAUCCAGUGUCCAAACUUGGGUCUUCGUGUGUUUUUUGGACUACAGUUCCCAUCAUUCCUGACCGCUGGUCCUGCUAGCUAGGGAUGAUGGGAGUUGUAGUCCAAAACCAGCUGGAAUUUGGAAAAUGCGGCUCUAAUCGGUUUAGGAUCAGGCUAGAGGCUGUUGCCCCCUAAGCGCAAGAUCAUGCCCCAGGAUAAGCCGCCUGGGUGACAUGGGAGGAGCACAUUGAUUUAAGCAGCUCUGCCUUUGCGGAUAUAGAGCCCUCAGCACAAACAGCCCAGUCCUGGAACGGCGCUCUUCCAACAGCCCAACCAGGUGAUCCGGAAAGGCCUGUCCCCUUUGUGUGUGUGUUUGAGCGCUACUUUGAGCACUUAAUGGGAGUCGCUGGGUUGGAAAGGACCUUGGGAAGGUCCUCUCCUCCAGCCGCCUCCUUCUCAGUGCAAGAUCCGGGGUUUAUUUCCUGGAGUUGUUCUCCGACAACUCUGGCCUCCCAAAGCAGCUCACGCAAGGCAAGGGAAGCAGAGGGGAAAGAUGGAGGAGAGGCCCCUUCUUCCAAGUUGUGACUCUUGCAAUUUGCAGGGUCUUGGGAUCCCUUCAGUUCUGUGAAAGGCAAGCCAAAGUGGUGAGCCAGAAGUGGGCGUUUAUGCCCAGUUCUGGCCAGGCCAAACUUCCCCUGUUGUUGCUCUUGCUUAAACAGCAGCCCACGGCAGCUUUCCCUGUACAGGGUGGGGUGGGUGAGUGGGCAGAGUGGCUUCUCCCUUUGCUUCUGCUGUCCUGGGGCAGAGAAGUGGCAGUUGGAGUCAAGGGUUCUUUCCAUCAGGGGAUGAAGGAACAAGCCCCUUGCUGCUGCAGCUGCUUCUCCUCCUCCUCCUCUGACCAAUGGGUGGGGCCAGACUGGCCUCCCCCUUGACUUGACAUUUUUCCUGGGGACAGCGGGAGCAGCCAUUGGGGUGCGGCUUUGGUCCCCUGGCCAGUACCAGGAGCCAGACUUUGCCGCAUUGCAGAGGGUUGGACUACAUGACCCCUUGAGGUUCCUUCUGAUGACAAGUGCCUGAUUCAGCUCUAUAGCAUCCCUGCGGAUGAACGCCUGGCCUCUGCUGAAAUAUCCCCUCUGGAGACAGUCUGCUCGGCUGUCCAGAAGCUCUGGCCAUAAGGAAGUUUCUCGUAAUGUUUAGCUGAAAUUAAUCGGGAAGGACCCAUGACUUUUGGGAAACCGUUCUUGUUAGACCACCUUGGAUCUGAUGUUCUGCCUUAUGUAGAACUGGGGAUUGAACCAGGGGCGUCUUGCUCUCAGUCGCUGAGCUGCAGGCCUUCUUUUGACGGCCUUCUGCACUCUGCCCUUUGCAAAAUAAUAAUAAUAAUAAUAAUAAUAAUAUGUUUGUACCCUGCCCAUCUGGCUGAGUUUCCCCAGGCACUCUGGGCGGCUCGCAAUUGAGUGUUAAAAACAAUACAGCAUUAAAAAAACGUCCCUAAACAGGGCUGCCUUCAGAUGUCUUUUAAAGAUAAGAUAGCUGCUUAUUUCAUUCCCAUCUGCUGGGAGGGCCUUCCACAGGGCGGGUGCCACUACCAAGAAGGCCCUCUGCCUGGUUCCCUGUAACCUCACUUCUCGCAAUGAGGGAACCGCCAGAAGGCCCUCGGCGCUGGACCUCAGUGUCCGGGCAGAAUGAUGGGGGUGGAGACGCUCCUUCAGAUAUACUGGACUGAGGCCAUUUAGGGCUUUCAAGGUCAGCACCAACACUUUGAAUUGUGCUCGGAAACCUACUGGGAGCCAAUGCAGAUCUCUCAGGACCGGUGUUAUGUGGUCUUGGCGGCCACUCCCAGUCACCAUUCUAGCUGCUGCAUUCUGGAUUAGUUGUAGUUUCCAGGUCACGUAGCUCCAGUAGCCCCUGUAGAGUGCAUUGCAGUAGUCCAAGUGGGAGAUCUUUGUGCAUGGGCCUCUUGCCUCUGUGAGUGAGCCUGGCCGGUACUGGGGUGCAGGCAGGCGGGGAGUCUAGUGAUGGCGCUGCAGCAUUUUGGGCUCUCCGUGUUGGAGCUCGCUCUUCUCUUCCAUCCCUCCCCACCCCUAGGGUUGCUAAGGUGUGAACACAGGAAAUUGCUUUAUGCUGAAACGAUCUUCCGUGGGAGGUGGUGGACUCUCCUUCCUUGGAAGUUUUUAAGCAGAGAUUGGAUGGCCCUCUGUCAGGGAAGCUUUGGUUGAGAUUCCUGCUUUGCGGGGGGUUGGGCUAGAUGACCCCAGAGGCUCCCUUCCAACUCUAUGACUCAGACCGUUGGUCCAUCUCACUCAGCAUUGUCUGCACUGACUUUUGGCUUUUCAGGAUUUCGAGUUACUUGCCCUAUUUGCAGAGACUGAACCUGGGACCUUUUGCUUCAAAAAGAGAUGUUUUGCGGCCCUUCCCAUUGCUGUGCUGGUUUGCGUUGUGCUUGGGAGCCUGAUAUAUAUGUGCAAGAUCUGUAAGAAUGUGCUGAACUUUCAGAGCAAGCAAGCCUGGUUUGGAUGGCUGGACAAUUCAGGCAGGGGUCUCAAAUAUGGUUCCCACCAUCCUUGUCCACUGGCCCUGUUUCCUGAGGCUGGCGGGAGUCUGGAGGUCACCCCCAUGCUGGCUAGGCCUGAAUCAAGGCAUAACUGAUCUGUGACGAGCCAUCUUUGCACACUCUCUCUUGAUCCUGUAAAAAUGGCUGGAUCAAACCAGGCCCAGGCAAUCUUUGCAGAAAUCGCCCCCAGCAGCUGACAGUCAGCCUGGGCCGGUUGCUUUGUGUGUCUCUGCUUUCUGCUCACCCCAUCAAUAUUUAUUUUGCUUAUUUAGAAAAGUAUAUCUCGCCCAUUACUGCUCAGUAGAAGGUGCUGUUCUCCAAGUGGAAUUUGAUUCCUUGGCACUGAAGCAGACGGGAGUAUUUCCAGUCAAUGCUCUCUCUGGCGCAGUGGGUCAGGGCUGCUUGUUAACGAGAAGAUCGCUGAUUUCAGCCCACCCAGGGAUUCCUACAUUGCAAGAGGUUGGACUAGAUUACCAUUGGGUCCCCUCCUACUGUAAGAUUCUAUGAUUCUACAGUUCUAUGAGUCUAUUAUCAAAACCUUUUAUGAACCCUGCAUGUUUUUUCUUUAGGAAAUUGUUCUUCUAGUUUCUAAUAUAACCCUUUCCCUCCUCCACUGCAGGUAAUACAGCAGCUCACUGUUACUCAGAGUAGACCUGCUGAAAUGAAUGAAGUGAGGUCUCCUCUGAGUAGGACCGAGUUGAUGGUUGCUGGCCUAUCUGCUGGGAUUUUGCCUCUACCAGUAUCUGCUGGGAGUUUGCCUCUACCCCAACUUGGCAUCCUCCAGACGCUUUGAACUACGACUCCCAUCAGCCCUCGCUUCCUGCGGCCAUGCUGGCAGGGGAUUAUGGGGAAUGGCAGUCCAAAACACCUGGAGGGCACCAGGCUGAGGAAGACAGGUCCAUACUCUUUCAGUUUAGCACACCGUUCACAACGGCUGAGGUUUUGAAUUGUUGCUUGUGUUGAUGGUGAAGUGUGUGUGGAGAUGAAGAUGAGCUGCCUAAGCCUUUGCUGUUCUUCCAGGCACAGGGCGAUGCUGUGAAGAGGCACCUGGGUUUUCGGGAAUCUCCUUUGCGUUUUGUCCUCCUGGGCCCGAUGGAGACCUGCUGACCACGUGGAAGCGUCUGACCGCACCUCCUGAGCUCUGCCCGGCUGCCCACCCCCUUCCUCCCCCCAAAACUCCCGCCUGCCUGGAAUGCUGCACGUGCCUUGCUCUGCGUCUCGCAGGACGGCUCCCGGAGGCUGCGGUGGAGCUGCAGAUUAACCAAGGCUCAAGGUAGGAGGCGGCUCUGGCUACGAGGGAGCCGAACUCUCUGCCGGUGAUCUGGAGCUCACCCUCUCUUUUCUCGGGGCGAGAGGGAAAGCUUGAGCUGGUGCGGAGGCAAGCUUGGGUUCUGGUGCGAACGGAGACCUUGCUCUGCUGCUGUCCCUGCUCCCUGUUUGCACCCUGUGUUUGACUGUUUCUGUCUGGCUGUUGUCAAGCAUUGCAUUCUGGUUCUCGGGUCCUAGAUUCAUUCAUUUCUAGCAUCUAUAGCCCACCUUUUCCUCCAAGGAGCUCAAGGUGGUGUACAUAAGUCCCUCCCCUGGCCCAUUUUAUCCUCACAACCACCCUGUGAGGUAGGCUAGGCAGAGAGAGUGACUAGCCCAGUGAGCUUCGUGUUCGAGUGGGGACACGAUCCCAGGCUUCCAGGUCCUGGUCUGACUCUUUGACUGCUACACUGGCUCCCAGUUCAGAGAGUCUGCGCAGCGUACAUGGGGAACCAAGGUGGCAACCUGCAUCUCUUUUGCCAUGCGCAGACAGGGCCUGGCGCUGAGGUUGCUCGCCGCACUUGGCCUGCGCAUGGAGAAGGGGAGGAAAUGCAGUGAUUUAUCACGUGCAGGAGCCUCAGACAGGAGACCUUUCUCAGAGUUCCAUCUGAACUCCACUUCCAGAAAUAGGUGCUGUGUUGACUUAAAUGCACACAACCAUGGUGCGAGGCUUACCUCAGGCUCCACUCUGUUUCUUAACGCACCGAAGCACAGUAAACACAGGCCUCGAGUUACAUGUUUAAAACCACCCUGUCGUACAGAAUUGCUGGUCAACCAAGGCAGGUUAUGCAAAUUUGGGUGUUGUGCUUGUGUGACCUUUUCUGCUGGGUUCUGCCUAUAUAGAGACUUUGAAAUAUUUUGGGAGGGAUUACUGUGGUCAGGGAGGGGUGGGUGGGAAAAGCUCUCUUUUGCUCAAGAUUUCAGUGGAUGCUGUCUGAAUUGCAAGCACUUGUGUUUUCUCCUGCAAUAAUGAGGAUUGCAAACAUGCUGAGAUUCUUGGUGAGCCAAAUUCUGCUCUGGAGCUUCGGCUGUCCUAUGUGACAAAGAGUAUUCAGGACGUGUAGGGGCAGAGAAUGAGCAUUCAGGUGUGCAGGUGAACAUGAGAAAAAUCUAAUCAGUGCUCUACUUAUUUAUUUAUUUUUAUUUAGUUAUAAGAAUUUGUCAGCCACUUAGUCAAAGAGUCCCUAGGCAGUUAUAUAAAGGAAUUGUCAAUAUACAAAUAUAGUCAGCCACAUCAUCAUCAUCAUCAUCAUCAUCAUCAUCAUUAUUAGCCCAAGUAAAACUUGCAAACGUUUCCAGGUAGGUUUGUCAAAACAGAAAAGUUUUGACCAGGUGUCUGAAAGAGAACAACAACAACAACAACAACAACAACAAUUUAUUAUUUAUACCCUGGGUGGCUCCCAACAGAAUAUUAAUAAUGAUAAAAAAGCAAUAAAAUAUCAAACAUUUAAAAUUUCCCUAAACAGAGCUGCCUUCAGGUGUCUUCUAAAAGUCAGAUAGUUGUUUAUUUCCUUGACAUCUGAUGGGAGGGCGUUCCACAGGGUGGGCGCCACUACCGAGAAGGCCCUUUGUCUGGUUCCCUGUAGCUUUACUUCUUGCAAUGAGGGGAACCACCAGAAGGCCCUCGGAGCUGGACCUCAGUGUCCAGGAUGGAUGAUGGGGGUGGAGACGUUCCUUCAGUUAUACUGGGCCAAGGCCGUUUAGGGCUUUUAAGGUCAGCACCAACACUUUGAGCGCAACAAGGCUGUCUGCUGAAUGUUACUAGGCAGAUUUCCAGUUCACAGGGGCUGCCACACUGAAAGAUCUGCUCCUCAUAGACGUGGAACAAACUUCAUAGGGUACUUGCAAAGGUACAAGUUCCACAGAUCCAUGUGGACACUAAUAAUAAUAAUAAUAAUAAUUUAUUUAUACCCCGCCCAUCUGUCUGAGUUUCCCCAGCCACUCUGGGCGGCUCCCAAUUGAGUGUUAAAAACAAUACAGCAUUAAAUAUUAAAAACUUCUCUAAACAGGGCUGCCUUCAGAUGUCUUUUAAAUAUAAGAUAGCUGCUUAUUUCCUUGACAUCUGAUGGGAGGGCGUUCCCUGUAACCUCACUUCUCACAAUGAGGGAAAUGCCAAAAGGCCCUUGGCGCUGGAUCUCAGUGUCUGGGCUGAACAAUGGGGGUGGAGACCCUCCUUCAGGUAUACUGGACUGACAGGACUGCUUUGGCAGCUGAUUUGCACCCUCUGCUGCAUCCUGGGGCCAUUUGCGGCCGGUUUGAGGAAGGGCCGUGGCUCAGGGGCGUAUCCCACAGGGGUGCUUUGAACACAGAAAGAAGCAGCCCCAAGUCUGCUGCACCUCCAGGCAGGGCUGGAAAGGACCCCUGCCUGAAACCUCAGAGAGCUGCUGUCGCUCAGUGUGGAGUAACAGUCUGACUAUGUGUUGAGCAGCUUCCGGGGUUCCCUUUUCCUGGUCAUUGCAGGGGGCUGCCCUAGAUGAGCCUUUGGGCCCCUUGCAACUCCCAUGCUUGUGGGAGGCGGGACGGCUGUGCCAUUUCCUGGAGCCAAGCAUCGAAGCCGCUCUGACUUGGGGCUUCCAGCAGAGCGGGCUGCGUUUUCCUCAGGCCCCUGCUGCGGCUCCAGAGGAUAUCUUUGACCUGCGGGUUACCCAGCGAGGCCGCUGCUUCCAAGUGAAAGGCAGCCUCGGCUCUGGCAAUCUCUGCUAGAUCAGUGUUGUGCUCAUUUGCCAGUCAACAGAGGUCAGCUGGGGAUAUUAGUGGCCCGGCUCAGUUUCCUUGCACUGCUUUCCGGGUUCCUUGUUGUGUCUGGAAUGGGCUGGAGCCGGACGGGACGGAGGCUGUGGAGAAGUGCAUUCCUAUGGCUGCGUUCAUAAUCCACUGGCUUAGUGCCCAAAGCAGCCUGUGGCUUAGGAGUAAGUGGAUUCCUCCGUUGUUUUCGCGAAGUGAUUCUGAGAAGGUAGCAUGUUAAAGGGAAGAAUGUUUGUCAUAACCGAGACAACUGACUAUCCUUCAGGGUCUCUUCCAAUUCUGUGAUUCUAAUAUUUACAUCCUUUUCCUGAACUGGGGCUCGUGGCUGCUUGCACAAAUUAAAACAAGACAGAUAAAAUACAAAAAGCUAAAAACAGAUAAAAGAUCACCAUUUAAAAAAAUAAUUAAACUUUAAUACAUUAGAAUGGAAACAAUAUAAAAAAACCAAAGAUGUUAAAAUACAGAGGAUGAAAACAGCUGUAAAGUUGUUGUUGUUGUUUUAAAGGUGGGGAGAGAUCUGAACAUGCAGUAGUAGGUCCUCUGUGUGGGGAACACAGAGAAAUGCUAUUGGGUAUCGGAGAAAAGGCGGAACUACUCAACAUUCCUUUGCCUCUGUCUUCACCCAAAAGGAAAGCGGUGCCCAACCUGGUGAUAAAUGAUGUAAGGAGGGAGCUGCAGCCCAAGACAGGAAAAGUGGGGGUAAGGGAACAACUAGCUCCUUUAAAGGAAUUCGAAUCUCCAGGGCCUGAUUUCUUUUUUUGAUAGAAUUACAAACUUAGUGGAUUAGGGAAAUGCUGUGGACAUAGUGUAUCUUGAUUUCAGCAAGGCUUUUGACAUAGGCGGGAAGGUAAACGGCGUUUCCGUGCGCUGCUCUGGUUUGCCAGAAGCGGCUUAGUCCUGCUGGCCACAUGACCCGGAAGCUGUACGCUGGCUCCCUCGGCCAAUAAAGUGAGAUGAGCGCCGCAACCCCAGAGUCGGCCACGACUGGACCUCAUGGUCAGGGGUCCCUUUACCUUUAAGGAAAAGUGGGACAAUCUGGGAUCAAAUAAUCAGGGUGGCUUCUCUAAAUCAGGGACCUCCCUGGAAAAUAGGGACACUUGGAGGGUCUGACCUUAGUGGGACUCCUGGCCAAGCCCUUUCGCUGGCAGCCCCUGCCUCCUCCUCCUCCUCCUCUUCCUGCUGAGCAGUCCUUUGCUGCUUGCUUCUCCUCUUCUCUGUGUGCCAGCCUGCUCUCUCUCUUCCUCCUCCUGGAAGCAAACGGGCGGAGAGGGGGAGCCUCUCCAGAGACACCGCUCAGCCGCCUUCCUUUGAGCCAGCCUUCCCUCCUUCGCUUGCUCAGAGCCUCGCCUUUGAAGCUGCACAUUGCAGCCUCCAGGAGGGAUGGCGCUGCCCCUGCCCAGGCAGGCAGAAUCCAGGGAUCCAGCUGCCUCCCACCCCACCCCCGCUUGCUGGUUUCCCCCAGCAGGACUUCUGAGGGAUGCAAAUCCAAGUCCCGGGUGGCUAAGACUCAUUCGAGAGAGCCUUUAUUCCUGGGAAGCUGCUGAAACCGGUGCCUAUGGACAGCUGUGCAGCUGAUUUGCCAAGGUGGGUGCGGAGGCAAGCGGGGCUGCAAGGAAAAGGAGACCCCUGGGAAAGGGGGCAGUGUUGGGCCCCCAGGCCGCCAUCCCAAGCUUGGCCUCUGUUUAGAAACUGCCGUUCCGCCUGCUGGCAAGGUGGCCCAUUCGCAGGGUGCACAGGAGAGCAGAGUUUUGCUGGGAUUACUCGGAGGAGCCUCGCUCGACAGCAGGUGUGGCUCUGGAGCCUUCCUUCGCUUGGAUCACCCCCUUUGAAGCAGAAAGAGCGUCCUAGUCUGCUGUUGCUGCUGCUGUCAGAGGGAGCUUUCCGUCGUCUUUCUCAGGAGAGAGUCAUACAUAAAAUACCACAGGAAGCUGUUUUCCAUGGGCAGAGCUUGGUCCCUCUCGCUCAGCUCUUAGUGUCUGCACAGACGGCGUUAAUCAGGGUGGUGAACUGGAGGCUGAAAUUCCCAGUGCUGGGGACAAGCACGCCUUCUAGUCCUGCUUGUGAACUUCCUGGAGGUCUCUUGUUGGUGUCUGCGGGAAGGAGGAAGGUGGACCGGGUGAGCCUUUUGUUGCACAGUCUGCCAGGGGGUGCUCUUAAGCUCCCUGCCUACAGGUGGGGACCACCUGCAGCCUGAGUCUGAUAUUUCCAGGCACUCUGAUAGUAUUCAACCAGCAGAGUCUGGCUAAGUUGCUGGGGGGGGGGGGCGUGUGUGUGCGUGCGCAUAUUGCUAUCAUCUCACUAUGUGCAAGCCCUCACCUGACUCAGAUGAAGCCCUUUUUGCAGUUGGCUGUUGGGGAAGCUGGAAAAUGGCAUGGUCUGGGGACAAAACUCCCUUGAGGCGCUUUGCUUUCCUCUCUGCUCCCCCUGGGAUGUUGGUUGGAGCUCCUGCAGGGCCCUCAGGUUGGGAGGCAUUAAAAUGGAGUCAUCAGUUGGGAAGGGACCCAAAGGGUCAUGUGGCCCAAUGCCCUGUAAUGUAGGAACCACAGAUGUAUUUCUGCUGAUUUCUGCAUUGGCCUCCAUUGUGGGGCUCUAGGCAGGUACACUUUCCUGCUCAUGGAGCCAGGCUGACCUGCCAUAAGAACCUAAGAAGAGCCUAUUGGAUCAGGCCAAUGGUCCAUCUAGUCCAGCCUCCUGUUCUCAUAGUGGCCAACCGGAUGCCUGGUUUCCAUCAACUGCGGCUCAGAAGCAUGGAUGCCUCUGGCUGUUGGAGCAGAGCACAGCCAUCAGGGCUGUUGGCCAUCAGUAGCCCUCUUCUCCUCCAUGAACUUGCCUAAUCCUCUUUUAAAGCCAUCCAGGAUGGGGGCCACUCCCGCCUCCUGAGGCAGCGAGUUCCGUAGACUCUGGAGUUUGCCGCCGGACUGUGAAACAGCCAGGAGAGGCUUGGGAAGUCCGCGUGGGGAUCACUGGGCUUGAGGGCUGAUGGACGUCCUGGCCAGGAAGGCUGGUCCUCUGGCUUGGCCUGCCAAGGGGAAGCUGGCCUGCACCCAGGAUAGGCAUUAAAACCAGGAUGGUGCCCUCACUUCCUGGGCCUGAGCCCCAGCAGCGGCAGGAGGCAGCUUGGUCCCAGGUGUGGGGUCAGACAGUGUCCUCUGAAAGGACUUCGUGGAGUAGCAGAUAUUUAGGGCUCUUUGGGGCCUGCUCUUCAUUGCUUCUUGGCACUGGGGAAAGCGCAGAGGGAGCAGGUUCCUCUUGCUGGCUUAAUUGGCCUCUGGGGCAGAGAGCGUGUGGAUCUGGUGCCAGGAGGAGGAGGAGGGAGGGUUUAUGCUGCCAGGAGGGCUGUUGGCUCUGCAGAGCCCGAGCGCUUCCUGCAUCGGCCGGCCUCCCUGGAAGGCAGUCAGCGGCAGCAGGGCAGGCUCCUUUCCCUGACAAGAGACCUGCUGGCUGUUCCUGAGGGGCUUUGUCCGGCGAUGGCAGCCUGGCAUCUGAACGGAGGCAGAAUCCCUAAGAGCCUGCUUGGAGCCCAAGGCCAGUUCCUCAGCACCACAGGAAACAGGCAGGCUCCUCUUUCCCUCCGCCUUCCAGGGCUGGGCCUGGUUCUGUCCGGGAGCCUCAGCUCAGUUGAAAAUGUCAAGGUCUCCACCAGCCCUGCUCUGAAAGAGCGGUCUGCUCCUGCUGCUCUCACCCCCCCCCACCUGUGGUUUCCUGCUUUCCAUGCAGAAGGCCGCAGGAUCGGUCCAAGCAUCUCCAUGCAGGGUUGGGAAAACACUCCUACUUGAAACCUGGAGAGCUGUUCAGAUUGAGCAAGGCAGGUGUCAGGUGGUGGUGUGGUUGCUCGAGAGCAAACCGGCAAGACUCCGACCUGUCUUUUCCAGGCUUUAUUCUUAGUGCAAAACCGUUUACAGUGAAGAGCAUUGCAAGUUCAUGUCUGGCACAGUUGCUAGCAGAAUCUGGGAGUGGCCGGUCCUUGUACCUUCCCCAGCAUAACAGUCGCUUGACCCCCAACCUUCUCCUCCCCUCCCUGCGCCAAAACCUACUGCGCAGCGUGGGUGCUGGUAAAGGGGUACUUCCCUCCCCUCCGGCUUGCUCAGGGUCGGUGUUGAGGCUCUCCCUAGCAUCCCCUGGUCCCACCACCUACUCCCCACUGGAGGUGGGGCUUUCCUCCUGGCCAGAGGAGGAGCUGCUUUGCAAGACUUUCGGAGGUUCCCUAUAACACAACUGCCCUUCCACCUCUCGCAUCUGAGCUGAUGGCAGUUCCCUGCCAGCAGGCAAUGAGCUGAGGCGCUAUCAGGCACCCCACCCCUGCUCCCAGAUCAGUUUACGAUCACAGAUUACAUGUGUUGGGUGUGAAGGAUUUCAGCUAUGUGGUUGAAGGCCAGCCGGUUGAAAUUGCACGAAUUGAAUGUGCAGAAGGUAGAGAGCUUUUUUGCAUAUGCACGCCAUCCCCAGAACUUCACCCCCUGUGACGUGAUACUAUGGAUGCAAUCUCCGCAUCCAUCCACCGUGCUGGCUCCUUGAGAACAUGAGGUGUGCAGGCCUCUUGCUCUGGCUGUUUCAGGUCUCAUCCUGAGGGCUUGGGCAGCCAAAGGGCGAGGCUGGCAGACGGAGCGAGGCGUGUGCCCCUGUGUGAGCAUGGGCACGUGGGCCUUCCCGGUUCCCAUUGCUGGUGCUUCUUGCUGCCUCCUCUUCUCCUGGGCUCUCUCUUGCCACCAACCCUUGACCAAAGCUUCACAAGUGCCCCAACUUAGAGGAGACCCUUCAGAGCUAUUUCGGCGGCUUCUGGGUUUGCUUUGUUGUUCUGAGCAAAAGAGCUGGGGAGAAGAGCUUUCAUUUAUCAUUUACUUACUGCAUUUACACCCCGUCUUUUCCCUCCAAGGAGCUUGAGGUGGCAAACACGGUUCUCCCUCUUGCUCACUUAAGCUCCACAGCAACCCUGCGAGGCAGGCUGGGCCAAAAGACAGCGAGCUUCAUGGCUGAGCGAGUGGGGAGAUUCGAACCCCUGUCUCCCAGCUCCAAGUCUGACACUCUAACUGCUGUACCCCCUUUCCCCUCCCUCUUCUCUUUUAUCUUAGUGCCUAAUAAUGACCUUCGGUUCCUUUCUCUAAUGCCCCUGUGCUUAUCCUCUCCUCCCCUUUUCCCCAGAGCAAUUGAGGCGCUGACCUCCAGGCUGGGAGAGCAUGUCGGGCCCGGUGCCAAGCCGAGCGAGGGUCUAUGCGGACGUCAACACACAGAGGCCCCGUGAAUAUUGGGACUACGAGUCGCACGUCGUGGAAUGGGGGUAGGGGAACCGCAGAGCCCUGCCGGAUUAGCCCACAGGCAGCCCACCUGAGCAUGCCAACCGCUUUCAAAAAAAACCUUCUUUUUCUCUAACAGCAAUCAAGAUGACUACCAGCUUGUUCGGAAGCUUGGCCGUGGCAAAUACAGCGAGGUCUUCGAAGCCAUCAACAUCACCAACAACGAGAAAGUCGUGGUGAAAAUCCUCAAGGUGGGUGGGGAGCAAGAGGUCCUGAAUUUCUUGCCUGUGACCCCUUUCUCCUGGCGGGGGUGGGUGUGUGGUGGUGUCUCUUUGGCCAGGGGUUGGGCUGGGAGGUUUCCAGUUCAAAUCUCAUCCCUGGCAGGCACUUGCUAGGCAGCUGCGGGUAAACCCCUGCAUGGGGACAGCAGCUGCCUACCUCGCAGGGGUGUUGUAGAGGCUGCUGAGGGGGCAGACGUGAAGUGCUACAACCUCUAGAAAGGUGGUGUUUCUGUUUGCUGAUGAUUUGGUGUUCACUUUACAAGAUCCAGACUCCAGUGCAGGAAAAGCACUGGAGCUGAUUCAGGAGUUUGGGCAAGUAGCAGGAUUCAAGUUAAAUAAGAGCAAUACCAAAGUGUUGCAAAAAAAUUUAGAUAACGAGAAGAGAAAAAUCCUUCAAGAAAAGACAGGCCUUGUUUUUGUGAAGAAAGUGAGAUAUUUGGGUGUGAAUUUAUCGGUGAAAAUGUGAAUUUAUAUAAAGAUAAUUAUGAGAAAUUAUGGAAUGAAAUUAAGAGAGAUCUUGAGAUCUGGUCAAGUCUAAAAUUGUCAUUAAUGGGCUGAAUAUCGGUGGGUAAGAUGAAUGUCUUGCCAAAGAUGUUGUUUUUAUUCCAAGCUUUACCAAUUAUUGAUAAUAUUGAAUGUUUUAAAGAAUGGCGGAAAGCAUUGUCUAAAUUUAUCUGGCAGGGGGGAAAAGCCCAGAAUUAAAUAUAAAUUACUAACAGAUUCAAAAGAAAGAGGAGGAUUUUGUGUUUAUGCAUCUUAAUUGCAAAAGCAAAGCUUGAAAUUGCAUUGAACAGCCUCGUCUCCUAAAGGCUAGGAAACCUGAGGAAGUCCCAGGUGGAGUUUGUGUCCUCGGGGGGCCUUUGGACCCCCGCCUCCUCCAUCCUCUCCCCUUUGCCGUGGAAUUGCAGGUGCUGCGAUCCUCAGCCAAGAACCAUAAAACAAAACCUGAGCUCAGUGUGCGUUUGAGUGUGCAAAGUGCUCUGUGCUCCUCGUUGCCUUGAUUCCUUUGCGACAACGACUGUGUUGCACUCUCUUUUUCAGCCAGUAAAAAAGAAGAAAAUCAAGCGUGAGAUCAAGAUCCUCGAAAAUCUCCGAGGAGGCCCCAACAUUAUCAGCCUUCUAGACAUAGUCAAGGACCCCGUGGUAAGGGCUGGUGUGUGUGUGUGUGUGUGGCAGCAUUCAUGCGCACGGCGCUCGAUGAAGCGCAAGGCAGCUGGUCCCCUUUCAAGCUGAUUUUCAAAAGAGGCAGGAAGUUCUUGUAAGUGGGGCAUGGAAACCUCCCUGGCUUCUCUCCACCUGGAUCCCAGAGACGCGGCCUGCCUCCAACAAGGCAGCCGUGCUGGGCAAAAAAACAACACCGGGAGUUGUCAUUUUGUGGCUGGGAAGAGCAUUCCCCCUCUCCGCCAUGUUCCUUCCUCCUGGAACCUGGAGCUGCCUGCUGAGCCUGCGCCCUUCUGGGACCCCCAGCCUGCCCUCUCCUGGUGGGCCACCCUAGAUCAGGCUCUGCCUGGAGGGGGCUGUCUUUUGGCCAGAGGGCAGGUCUAGGUGAGCUCUUGGCUCCCUGAUCCAGUAUGUUUCCGAGCACAAUUCAAAAUGUUGGUGCUGACCUUUAAAGCCCUAAAUGGCCUCGUUCCAGUAUACCUGAAAGAGCGUCUCCACCCCCAUCGUUCUGCCCGGACACUGAGGUCCAGCACCGAGGGCCUUCUGGUGGUUCCCUCGCUGCGAGAAGCCAAGUUACAGGGAACCAGGCAGAGGGCCUUCUCAGUGGUGGCCCCCGCCCUGUGGCACGCCCUCCCACCAGAUGUCAAAGAGAACAACAACUACCAGACUUUUAGAAGACAUCUGAAGGCAGCCCUGUUUAGGGAAGCUUUUAAUGUUUAAUAGGUUAUUGUAUUUUAAUAUUCCGUUGGAAGCCGCCCAGAGUGGCUGGGGAAACCCAGCCAGAUGGGCGGGGUAUAAGUAAUAAAUUAUUAUUAUUAUAUAUCAGGGUAUGUGGGGUAUUUAUUUUUAUCCAUAGCCCAUAGCCUACUUUGUUCCAAGCUCCAGGCCAGCAGAGUGUGGCAGGGCAGCUUCUGCAGGGCCUCUCCCUGGUAUCCAGAUAUAAGUUGUUUAUUUUAAAGUUAUGCUUCCAUUCUGCCUUUCUUGUAUUGGCUAAGAUGGUUAUUAGGUGUGUGACCUUUGCCAUCUACUUUGUUGUUUCUUCAGCCUGCAAACUGCCUUGUGCAUGGUACCUCUGGUUACAUACGCUUCAGGUUACAGACUCCGCUAACCCAGAAAUAUUACCUCAGGUUAAGAACUUUGCUUCAGGAUGAGAACAGAAAUCAUGCUCCGGUGGCACAGCAGCAGCAGGAGGCCCCAUUAGCUAAAGUGGUGCUUCAGGUUAAGAACAGUUUCAGAUUAAGUACAGACCUCCGGAAUGAAUUAAGUACUUAACCCGAGGUACCACUGUAAUAUAGAAAAGCAGUAUACAAACCGAAAGUGAAAUGAAAUGAAAUCUAGCCGUUCUUUCCAGGCCCCGAGCUGCUUAGGACAGUUUAAUUGUGUGCUUCUGGACCCCUUCGGAACAUAGCUCAGGAUUGUCUACCCUGACCAGGAUUCCAGGCAAAGCAUCUCUGCCAGCCCUACCUGGAAAGGCCGUUGGGGUGGACCCUGGGCCCUUCUGCCCGCAGAGCAGGUGUUCUGCCACUCAGCUACAUCCGUGGCCCACCUUAAGCCUGCGGUUCUGCUUGAGAGGGGAACAGGCACCUCUCUGCUUCAGAAACCAAGUCUUCCCCACCCAGCUUCCUUUUCAAGAAUCCUGGCCAUUGGUGAUCCCCCAGAACUGAGUCGGGGGGCUUCCCAGGGGGCUGCUGUCUGCCUUCGGCCCACCCCCAUCCUGGCUCACCUGCUCCGUAGAUGCAGCGUGGCUACAGUAGCUUUUGGGGGGCUAGGGGAGAAGGAAGGCUGUGCUCCUCUCUGUCCCCCCUCAGGGCUUUGAGACUAAACCCUUCUGGUCAUUCUCUGUUUUUUCUCUCUCCUGCCCUGGAACGCUCUGCGCUGGCUCUGCAGUCCCGGACACCCGCCCUGGUCUUUGAGCAUGUCAACAAUACAGAUUUUAAGGUGAGUGGAGGCCGGUUGGGUGAUGCGAUGCCUCUGGGGGCCUCCUCACUUUCUGAUGUGUGGGUAUGUGUAUUGGGUGGGGUGGAGCUUAACUAUGGGUCUAAAGUCCUGGAGAGGCUGCGCAAUGUCACCCUUCUGUUCCAGGGCUGCUGGAAAACCCGUCUUUGACUUGGAGUCAGUGGUGGGCUGACUUGGGGGAGGGAUGUGGUGUCAGCUUCAUUCAGGUCUCCCCCCUCCAGCUCCUCACUGUUGCCCCUCCUUCUAUCCGUUGCCCAUAACACACGCACACACACACAGAGAGAGACAAAUACCACCUGAAAGGUGUGGAGAGAUUAAAGAGCCCUGUCCUUAUCUGGGCCAUGUGUGCGAUGCUUUCUUUCCUAGGCCACCACCGUAAAACCCAUCUGAGAGCAGUCAAAUGGAUUUGUCUGUCCGCUCUUCCUUCGGUCUCUUAGUCCUAGGAUGCCUACUUCCUCCCAGUGUGGUGUAGUGGUUAAGAGCGGUAGACUCGUAAUCUGGUGAACCGGGUUCGCUUCCCCGCUCCUCCACUUGCAGCUGCUGGUGAACCGGGUUCACUUCCCUGCUCCUCCACCUGCAGCUGCUGGGUGACCUUGGGCCAGUCACACUUCUCUGAAGUCUCUCAGCCUCACUCACCUCACAGAGAGUUUGUUGUGGGGGAGGAAAGCAAAGGAGAUUGUGAGCUGCUUUGAGACUCCUUAGGGUAGUGAUAAAGUGGGAUAUCAAAUCCAAACGCUUCUUCUCCUUCUCCUGGACAUGCCAGGGAGGCAGAGGGAUGGCAGAGCCGUCUCUCAGCUGGGCAGUGGCUGGUUCUUCUCCCAUUUGAGGAGAUGGUUUCAGUGCAGGAGAUGGUGAUGUGCCGUUAGGGGAAGGGGGCAGCACAGGCAGCCUGCAGGAGAUGAGGCGAGACAGCGGCUCCUGGAUGGAUUCGCUGCUACUCCCUUCUCCUACAGACCCAUCCCUCGCCCUGGGCUCAGGCCCUGGAAGUGUUGGGGUUUCAGGUGGUGAGACAAAGCCAGAGGGAGCCUUAAGGCUGCCUCCUCCCUGAUGGUUCUGCAGUACGUCGCAAAAAGAGAACAUUCUUGAAGAGAUUACAUCUGAAGGGCUGCCACGUGGAAGAUGGAGCAGGCUUGUUUUCUGCUCCAGAGUGCAGAACCCAAACCGAUGGAUACAAAUUGCAAGGGAGGAGAUUCCGAGCACAAUUCAAAGUGUUGGUGUUGACCUUUAAAGCCCUAAACGGCCUUGGCCCAGUAGACCUGAAGAAGCGUCUCCACCCCCAUCGUUCUGCCCGGACACUGAGGUCCACCGCUGAGUUACAGGGAACCAGGCAGAGGGCCUUCUUGGUGGUGGUACCCGCCCUGCCGAACGCCCUCCCACCAGAUGUCAAAGAGAACAACAACUACCAGACUUUUAGACGACAUCUGAAGGCAGCCCUGUUUAGGGAAGCUUUGAUGCGUUACUGUAUUUUAAUAUUUUGUUGGAAGCCGCCCAGAGUGGCUGAGGAAGCCCAGCCAGAUGGGCGGGGUAUAAAUAAUAAUUUAUUAUUAUUAUUAUUAUGAUGGCUAAACGUUAGGAAGAACUUUCUGACAGUAAGAGCCAUUCGUCUGUGGAACGUACUCCCUCGGGAGGUGGCGGAGUUCUCCUUGGUUGGAGAAGUUGGGUGGCCUUCUGGAUUAGGAAUUCUUUAGCUGCAAUUCCUGCAUUGCGGGGGGCUGGACUAGAUGACUCCCUUCCAACUCCACAAUUCUGUGAUCCCCUUUGGAGGGGACGUGCGUGAAAGUCAUCCUUCAGCUUUGCUGUGAGCAGGGCGGGCUGCAGAGUCUCUGUUUUAAGCCCUUGAAGCCCUUCAGCAUCCUUCCAGACCAGGCAGGUUGUUGUGAUCCCUCGGCAAUGCGCAGAGAGGUGCUCUGAGCAUAAGUCGAGAGGUGCUGUGCUGGCAGCGCGUUGCAGAUGCCAGGGCACAGCCUUGCUGCUGGAAACGGAUCAAGCCCAGAGCUCCGGGGGUUGUCUUGCUAAUGGCACUUCUGCAAUAUCUCUUUUCUUCCAAGCAAUUGUAUCAGACGCUCUCGGACUUUGACAUCCGAUUCUACAUGUAUGAAAUCUUGAAGGUAAGGAACUGAGCGCAGGGGUGUUGGGUGGGGGAGAUGAGCCGAUCUGUGCUUUGGUUAGCCCCACACAGUGACUAUGCUGGGUUGGGGGGCAGAGCAGGGGCUCCUGACCUGUGACCCAGGAGCCCUAGAGAGGCUGUGUGCAUGCUUCUCGCUAUGGGUGGUGUCCAGUCCUUCCCCACCUUUGCCUGUGGCUCAGUAGAAGAGCAUUGCCCUGGCUUUCAGAAAGCCCCAGAUCCGCUCCCUGUCAACUCCAGCCAGAGUUGGGAGAGAACUUGUGUGGUCGUGGGGAGUAGGCUGGCCAAGGGGCCAGAUCCUGAGCCCAGAGCUGCUCCCUUGCAUGGCUCUGCUUUUGAGGCAAGGCAAGGACGCUCUUCCAAACACGGCCUGUUUGACGCUGCCCACCUCUCUUUCCCUCUUUCUCUGCAGGCGCUGGAUUACUGCCACAGCAUGGGCGUCAUGCACCGGGACGUCAAGCCUCACAACGUGAUGAUAGACCACGAGCACCGGAAGGUAAGGCCGUCGUGGGGUGAGUGUCACGAGGAGCAGUGGAGGUUUCCUCGCCUGGCACAGCCAGCUGGCUCAAGGCCAGUCAGCCUGUCCAGCAGUGUCCAGCUAGGGAGUGUUUGUCACGGUCUGGAGACACAUCGAGCUCUGCACCUCAGUAGAAUAGAAUAGGAUAGGAUAGGAUAGGAUAGGAUAGCAUAGCAUAGCAUAGCAUAGCAUAGCAUAGCAUAGAAUAGAAUGUAUUAUUUAUACCCCGCCCACUCUGGGCAGCUUCCAACAAAGUAUUAAAAUACAGUAAUGCAUCAAACAGUAAGAGCUUCCCUAAACAGGGCUGCCUUCAGAUGUCGUCUAAAAAUCUGGUAGUUGUUCUUCUCUUUGACAUCUGGUGGGAGGGCGUUCCACAGGGCGGGCACCACCACCGAGAAGGCCCUCAGCCUGGUUCCCUGUAGCUUUGCUUCUCGCAAUGAGGGAACCGCCAGAAGGCCCUCGGUGCUGGACCUCAGUGUCCGGGCUGGAUGAUGGGGGUAGAGACGCUCCUUGAGGGAUACUGGACCGAGGCCGUUUAGGGCUUUAAAGGUCCCCCACCUGCCCAAGAUUAUGUAUGUAUUUAUGCCCCUUCUCCAUCCCACCCGCCAGAAGCGGGGCUCAAGGCGGCUUGCAAAAAAUUAAAAUACAGAUAAAUCACACAGAGCUAAAAAGAUGUAGAAGGGUUCUUUUAAAAACAACAAUUAUUAAACGAUCUGUCACAUCUGUUGAAAUGCAGAUAGUAAUAAACCGCGCACUCUUCGGAUCCCUUUCCUUGAAAGCAGGCUUCCUUGGGCAGCCUGUCUGCUCGUGGCUGCUGGGACCAGGGUGGGGGUCCUCUCCCCCCUCCCUCCCGACUUCCUCUGGCGCUCAGGGCCCCCCGGCCUCUCCCUUCCCUGCCUGCAGCUGCGCCUGAUCGACUGGGGCCUGGCUGAGUUCUACCACCCGGGGCAAGAGUACAACGUGCGAGUGGCCUCCCGGUACUUCAAGGGUCCAGAGCUCCUGGUGGACUACCAGGUAGGUUGGAGGCCAGGGCCUUGCUCCGCAGCGCUGCCUGGCGCCCAGCCCAUCCCUUCCAGGCGGAGGGAGAGCAGGAGGGCACCCCAGGGCCCUUUCUCCGUCCUCGGGAGAGAGCCUGCGGUUGCCUGCGUGCGAAGAGGGCGCUCUGCUGCCCAGACACCUCAAAACAAGGGUGUUUGCUGGAGACGCUGCUUGGGGCAGGCAUGGGUGGACCAUCCGUGCCACCUGGUUCUCCAGAGGGGCAGGGGGUCGGUGUCCCUGGGGGGCCUGCCCACGGCAGUGGGUUCAGCUGGAGAUGGUCUGAGCCGACGGAAACAGAGGGGUGGGCAAGGCUGGGCAGGGGCGAAGGUGUUUGUAGCCUUGUGAAAGCUUGGUUCUGGGGCAGGGGAGGGGGGAGGUGUCCUCUUUCUUGGUGGCUCUCCCCCUGCGCGCCCCCCGGUUGCUUCACUGCUCUCUCCACCACCACCCCCCGGCCCUCCUUCCUUCUGCAGAUGUAUGACUACAGUUUGGACAUGUGGAGCUUGGGCUGCAUGCUGGCCAGUAUGAUAUUCCGCAAGGAGCCCUUCUUCCACGGACACGACAACUACGACCAGGUGAGGCUUUUGCCCAAGGGGGAGGAGGAAAUGGGCUGUUUGUCUGGGGGGUGUGGUGUCAGCAGGACUGUGGUGGGAGACCUGCUCAGGUGAGGCUGUACCUGCUUCAGUUCUAUUCCUCCCCCCACAUUUUUUUAUUGAUUUUGAACAUUUAUGACAAAGAAAGACAUUACAAAACACACAACAAAGAAAAACACUUUACAAUACAGUAAACUAAACACAAAAAAAGAAUUAUUUCUUCAGUUAUCUAAUUCUCAUAACAUUAAUAACUGACUUCCUCGCAUCCCCUCUAACUGAAUUUCAUUCUAUCACCUGUAUGACAGUUCUCCAAAUUCAUAUUUCUAAUAAUAUUGACUCCUAACAUUUACUAAGCUCUUCUCCUUUAUUAAUAUUCUAAUCCUUAAUAUUUACUAGCACAUAUUCUGCCCUUAAGCCUAUUUAUUACUUCCAAGAAUUUUCUAAUUCUGCACCUGCUUCAGUUCUAGCCAGGCUGGGCCCUGUCCGCUGCCCUCGCUCGGUGCGUGGGUGGGAUCCUGUCUCCUCUCUGCUCUCCUCCCGGCCCAUUCUGUGCUUUCUCACCGUCUCCUCCCCCUCCCUCCCCAGUUGGUGCGGAUCGCAAAGGUCUUGGGCACAGAGGACCUCUAUGACUACAUUGACAAGUACAACAUUGAACUGGACCCCCGCUUCAACGACAUCCUUGGCAGGUGAGCGCGGGGCACCCGGAGGCCUUGCCAGGACAUUGCAGGGGGUUGGGCUGGAUGACCUUUGGGGGACCCUUCUGUGAUUCCGUUCCUUGCCAGGCCAGAGUCACUCUCUCUUGGCGAGAGGGGCUUCCAAUCAGACCUUGCGCUGCCCGAAAAACCCCUUUCCCUUGUGCGUGGGGUGUGUGGGUUAAGGUCCCGGGGCCCUGGCCUUGCAGCGCGUGGCUUUGGGGCCCUUGAGCGCCAGGCCUGUGACUCCCCCCGCCCGUCUCUCCCCCCCCAGACACUCUCGCAAGCGAUGGGAGCGUUUUGUGCACAGCGAGAACCAGCACUUGGUGAGCACUGAGGUCCUCGACUUCCUGGACAAGCUGCUGCGCUACGACCACCAGACCCGGCUCACGGCCCGCGAGGCCAUGGAGCACCCUUACUUCUGUACGUGCCCCCCCCGCCACUCUCCCCUCCUGCCCCCCUCCUUAUUGGGCCCUGGCUCCCAGCCUUCUCAGAGCCAGGGCCACCUGCCACGCCGGGCUUCCAUCCAUCUGGGGACCCAUGGCUGAAUGGUUGCCUGGUGGAACACUGCUGCUGCCCCCCACCUCGGAUCAGGCCGCAGCCCUCCAGCUGAGGACCCCCCCGCCUCCCCCUACAAUGGCACACGGACACCAGGUUCUAGCUGGCCAGCUGCUCCACCCGGCCCGUUGUCCUUUUGCUUACCUGCCUGAGGGUCUGUGGCCCAGCGCACGACUCUGCCAUGAGGGGUGCCAGGCCAUUUCUCCCAGGCCUUUGCCCACGACCCUGCGGCGGUGUCUUCAAGCACCCAACGUGCACUCCUGGUCUCGCCUCGGGCUCUGCCCAAACUCUGCAGGCCCUACCAGUGCCUCCCCCUUUCCCCAGGGCCCCUUGCCCUCUGGGGACCCCAAAGCUCUCCCUCCUGCUCCAGUAGCUAUUGGGGUGCUCUUUGGGUUGGCAGGCGGUGGGGACCAGCACAGGCCUCGUGAUCACAGCAAGUCUUCCCAGUUGGUUUCCCCCCGAUGAGGCAGUUGUGAGGACUGAAUGUCACCCCCCCCACACCUUCCCACAGUCCCCUCCUCUCCAGGGUUUCCCCCCAAGCAAACGGAGACUGUGUCUGCAUGCAGCCAACCUCUGCUCCGCUCUUUUCAUUUCUCUGUGUGUUCUGGGAGACCAAGAUGGAAGGGAGCUGGUUGCAGCAGGAGGGAGAGACCCCCUGGACUCUUCAGCAGCCGGUCUCCCCUCUGUCUCCUGCCUCUGAGUCUGGACUGCUCUCUGCCACAGCCUCUUCCUGCUCACUAAACCCUGUUGCUGCUCCAGCAUCCGGCGCCAUCUCCCUGCGGUCCUCUCCCCCUUUCCCCUCUGACCACUCAAGAGUCGCCCCACUGCCAAUCCCCAGGCUCUGAAACCUUCUCCCUCUCUUGGUUCCUUUGGGGGCUCCCCACCUGGUGCCCCCCACCAUUUCUCUACACCCACCCAGCCCCUGACACUAGAUUCCCCUGGGGGUUCCCUUCCAACUCCAGCCCCCUCUCAUUCUCUGCUCUCCUGUCCAGAUCCAAUAGUGAAAGAUCCGGCCAGGAUGGGCUCCUCCACGGUGCUCUCGGCAGCUAACACGCCCGUCAGCUCCUCCAGCAUGUUGGCAGGUAGGUUUCCAGAGCCAGGGGUGCCCGUGUCUGCCCUGCUAUGGCAUGGCUCGACGCAGAAGAGGUUUUGGAGACUAUGGAUGCAGUUCUAGUGCACUGUUACCGUCUUGAAUGCAGUCAACACAGUUUCCUUCUUUUAGGUAACAUGCUGCUCUGUUUGAAUACAAAAUACUUACAUCCUCUGGACUUUGGAUUCCAGAACUAAUUACAUUUUCAAUUGCUUCUGAGUAUCUGAGGACAGCCUCUCCAAAUUGUCCGCUUUUAAAUAAUCCAUUUCCUUCAGCUUUCAGUGUUGCUGCAGUGGAAGGGAGCAAAGUAGAACUGUUUUUUCCAGACCUGAAAAAAAGACAGCCAAGGCUUUACGGGAUUUUGAAAAUGAAGUAAAUGGCUAUCUGGGCAGUGACAAAAAUAAUAGUGAAAACAAGGAAGUAAUACAGAGAAAAGCAGAAUCUUCAGCAGCUAAUCUAAGUAUCCAGCGCCGAGGGCCUUCUGGCGGUUCCCUCGUUGCGAGAAGUGAGGUUACCGGGAACCAGGCAGAGGGCCUUGUCGGUAGUGGUGCCCACCCUGUGGAACGCCCUCCCACCAGAUGUGAAGGAAAUAAGCAGCUAUCUUAUCUUUAAAAGACAUCUGAAGGCAGCCCUGUUUAGGGAAGUUUUAUGCUGUAUUGUUUUUAACACUCGAUUGGGAGUUGCCCAGAGUGGCUGGGGAAACUCAGCCAGAUGGGCGGGGUAUAAAUAAUAAAUUAUUAUUAUUAUUAUUAUUAUUAUUAAUAAUAAUAAUAUGUAUUCAAACAGAGCAGCAAGUUAUCUAAAAGAAGGAAACUGUGUUGACUGCAUUCAGGACGGUAACACUGCUCUGGCGUGGGGCACGUGGGACCUGAGGGAGGGCUGAUGGGCCCCUGCUCCCCCACCCCCUUCUGCCGCGAUGGGGCCCUGACUCUCUGCCCUCUUCCUCCCUCUCUCUUUCAGGGAUCGCCUCCAUGUCCGCCUCUCAGCCCAUCGGCAGCCUGGCAGCCUCCCCCGUCAUCUCCUCUCCGAACACUCUGGGCUCGCCGGUGCCCGCCACCGCUGGAGCGCAGCCUUGACCUCAACGGCGCCACCUCUGGCUCCCAGCACCGCCAAGCCCGCGGCCUUGCCCCCCGCCCGCCUGCCUGCCUGCCUCUGCAAGGCUCCGUUGCCCCCCACCCGCAGCAGGCAGGAGGGGGACAGCGUGGGGGUGGGCAGGUGCACGGAGGGGGGGUCCUGUCUCUGGAAUAUGAUAUUAUUAUUAUUUCCCCCCGUUUGUUUUUGUUGAGUAUGUCAAAGAGCCAAGCCUGGGCCGCUGCCGCCACCGCCAUCGCUCCUCCUCCUCCUCCCCCUCUGCGGCAACGAGCACGGACUCUGGCAACGGGCGGAGGAGGUCUGUCUCGAGGGAUGCCGGCUGCGCUCUUCCCAUGAGGGUCGUGGUUAGGGAUGCAGCCGCAGUGGGGGCACCUAAGGGGAGAAUAAAAUUUAUUUUCUAUGUCCCUAACAGGGCAGUGUGGCCAAA